AUGGAGACGUCCUGUCGGCUGGGAGGAGAUGGAUCUGAAAUGGGCCGCCCAUAUAAGACUUGGUGGGACUCGUGUAGGGACGUGAACGGGUAUUGCGAAAGCAACCUGUCGCCCCCCCCCCGCCCCAACGCUUCUGACGGCCCAACUCGGGCUGAAGCCGAAUGUUGCCACCUGGAGGGGCAGAUAAAGGACCUACGAGCCGUCCGCACGCCAAGCCGCGAGUCGGGGGGCGAGGCCCCCGUCACCAAUGGGCGGGCUGGAGGGAGCGCGCGUGCGCAGGACUGGACCGGGGCGGGGGGGCGGAGCAGAGAGCAAAAGCGUUCUGGGACGGGGGCUGGCGAGGCUCAUCCUGGAAGGCUUCGCGUCGAGCGGCGCAGCCGUUUGGCGGCGGGGUACUGCGGGGUACCGGUGACCAUGAGAUCCCUGCCACUGCUCAGAACCCUGUCCCUGUGCAGCCUGCUCUGGGCCUUCUGUGCCCUGCACGUCGGGGCUGAGGAGCCUGGGGCCAGCUUCUCCAAUGCUGGCAGCGCAGGCCUGGAUAAGAACACGGUGCACAACCAAGAGCAUAUCAUGGAGCAUCUAGAAGGUGUCAUCAACAAGCCAGAGGCGGAGAUGUCCCCACAAGAACUGCAGCUCCAUUAUUUCAAAAUGCAUGAUUAUGAUGGCAAUAAUCUGCUGGACGGCUUAGAACUCUCCACAGCCAUCACUCAUGUCCACAAGGAGGAAGGGAGUGAACACAUACCACCAAUGAACGAAGAUGAACUGAUUAGCUUAAUAGAUGGUGUUUUGAGAGACGAUGACAAGAACAAUGAUGGAUACAUUGACUAUGCUGAAUUUGCAAAAUCCCUGCUGUAGAUGUCAUUUGGCUUUCUCCUAGUUAUAUGCAAAUGUGACCCGUUAUAAUGUGAUGGAACAGUUUCUGUAAUGCAAAAUAACUCAUUUCCAACUAUUGCUGCAGUAUUUUGGUAAAAACCUGUAGGAACUGGUUACAUUAGGGUGAGAAAGAGAAAUAAAAGGGAAGAGAAAUGGGACAUAUCAUAGUCCCUAAGUACUGCUAAACCUCUUAUUGGAUAAGGGCCUGAUUAAAGAAUUUUGGAAAGAACAUUGGAUGCUUGGAGCUGAGUACUCAGGAACUUGAAUUCGACUGUAGAAUACUGCUAGUCUCUUAGUUUUAAUUCGUGCUCCCUGAAAAGUAAGAUGGAAGCUUUGCCAAGUGGACACAUUGCAAUUAAUAGUGAGGGAGUGGAGUGGAUGCCAGAUGUUUCUCCUGGUGGGUCCUGUCUCUUCAGGUAAACAUGGUCAGUAUUCUGUACAGGUCCUCUGGCCUAAGUAAUUACUUGCUCUGGGCAAGUAGCUAUUUAUAAGGCUAUUUCAAAGCCCCAGCAUAAGAAGAAUGUCAAGUGUUGAGUUCCGCUGGUCACAGAGGCCAGGAUGCUAUGUUCGCUGGCAUUUUGGAAAUGAUACACCACUGACCUAAGCGAUUAACCUUUUUCAGUUUUUCAGUACUUUAUAAAACUACUGCCACAUCCUUAUACCUUGUUCUGUGUUCAGUGUGAGAGAGACCUUUAAUUUAAAAGUGUUCUCUGCUCUAAUCAAUAGCAGAUGUUUUAGCUUUCUUAAUAUUUGUAUUUAACUCUGGUUUCUAGGGUCUUGUUUUUGCAAUUUAGAAACUAUUAGGAAUGUAAAGAUUUACCCGUUCUCCUUGAUACAGUGGGGGUGAAACUACUAGCUGGCCUAUAGCCUCAGUGAGAAGUAAAAAAAUCACCUACCAAGCACAGUGAGUAGCCUAAUACAAGGUUAGACUUUAGAAGGAAUGUUGUUUAAAUGACCACUUUUAGCCUGAAUACGUGAGUUCUUUCAGAUCAAGAAAGGUUAGGAAAAGAUGCCUAAAAACUGUAAUAGUUCUCCUCCAUGGAGUUCAGUUAGUUGGCUUCUGAUAACUGUAGCUUCAUGAUCAUUAUUUUCCCUCAGUAGAAAUAACUAAAUUUUAAGCCAAAGGAACAAGAAUAAUCUUUGUUUAUAUAUAUAUAUAUAUAUAUGUUUAUAUAUAUGUAUAUAUGUUAUACCCAUUACCUGGGGUCUCAAAAAUGAAA